UAGCGAAAACACCUCUUUGAACGCUGGCCAACACUAACAGCUGUGAAAUGCAGAAAUUGUUUGUUGUGAAUCGUUAUAUCUGCAAUAAAAUUCGAACUAAUGAUUUAAUUAAAAACAAUUUACAAAAAAGAACGCUAUGCCUAAGUGCUGUAAGACAUGCGGAAGGUGAAGAAAAGAGUGCAACACCAGCUCCAACAAUACUAAUCGAAAAAGAUGCAAACAUAACAUUGAUUGGCAUCAACAGAGAGCAACAACGUAACUCGAUUGAUGGCGCAACAGCAGAGAAGCUCUCUGAGGCUAUCAAUCAGUUCGAAGCCGACGACAGUUCCCCGGUGGGAGUUUUAUAUGGCAUAGGUGGAUCCUUUUCUGCCGGCUACGAUGUGCAAGAGUUGGAAGCAGAAGCGCAACGUGGCAGUUUGAAUUUCUUACUGCGCCACGAAGGAUCUGUAGGCCCUACAAGACGUCACACCAGGAAACCGCUGGUGUGCGGCAUCAGCGGUUACUGUGUUGCUGGUGGCCUGGAGUUAGCACUGCUCUGCGAUCUACGUGUUAUGGAGGACACGGCUGUGUUAGGCUUCUUCAAUCGUCGCCUAGGCGUUCCAUUGAGCGAUGGUGGCACCGUCCGCUUAGCUGCGGCCGUUGGCUACUCCAAUGCCGUGGACAUCAUCCAGACUGGACGGCGGGUCUAUGCAAAGGAAGCUCAACGCAUUGGGCUGGUUAAUCGCGUUGUGGCCACGGGCACAGCAUUGGGUCAGGCAGUUAAUUUGGCCUUCUCUAUUGCUAAGUUUCCCAUGGCAUCGUUAAUGCACGAUCGUAAUGCGCUGCUGGAUAAUGCGAAUGCCUAUAAUCGACCCGGUUUCUAUGCGGCCGUUCAUAACGAGAUCAUGAAUGUGUCCGCUGCAAUGGUCACGGAUAUGCAGGAGGGCGUCAAGCGCUUUAAGAGUUCUGAGACGAAAGGCGCCACAACUGACACCUAUCAAAUUAAGCAAAAGGCAAUCCCCGACUGGGAGAAAGCUGAAAUCGCAAUAGAGGAAAGCAAAAAGACUUCGUAACUCAUGUUAAAUUCCAAUGAGUUGUGUGCAAUAACUUGUAAUAUAGUACUGUAUACAUGUAAAUAGGAAUGUAUUAUUUUGUUUUCCGUAUUUGAUAAUACAUAUACACACAUAAAUAUUUAUAAAAG